ACAGUAUUUGCUUAUACCUAUUCUGAAAUUCUUUCGAGUGGUGCCGAGGGCUAGUCAGGAAGUUUUCUUACUUAAGACGUACACUGGGCAGGUCAAACGAAAAUAGAUCGAUAAGUUCAGUAAAUUACAAAUAUUUUCAUUUCAUUCAAUACAACAUUAACAUUGUUAGUCUUAGUUGUGCCUACGUGCCCCACAGAAAUGCUUGCACACACAUACACACAGAAGGAGGGAGUAAAUGGGUAGCACUAGGGGAGUGGAGGGGGCUGCGGCUCACUGUCUACAAAGUAAACGUGGGACAUAUACUGGUCCUUCUCGCGCUUUAAUGUAGCGUUACAGUACUUUCUUUUUAGCCGAACUUCCUACAGCUUGUCUCUAUAUAUGACAACAACACAAAAGUAGAUCUGAUCCGAAAGAAGCUUGAUUUACAAGUUUAAGUUCUAGAGCAGCUGAACUUUACGUGAAGUAACGCUGAUUAUACUUUGAGUAUGUGCACACUUGUGGUGCAUAAUCUGACAGGCUGUAUGCAGUAGUCCCAUAAGCGAAUUUUUCUUUACUUUGGUUUGCUUGAUAAAAGUCUGACCCAAACCAUGCACCGUGUCAGGAAUAUGACAGGUCGCAUGAAGGACAUUUCCACAAAAUAAACAAAGAAUGCUUAAAAACCAAGUGGAGGGAGACGGGAGCAUGAACAAAACGUGAAAAGUAGCAACCAUUCGCUCUUCCUAGAAGUUAAAUUAAUAUAUCUGCUUAAAGAUAGCUCCACAUUACUUUUUUGUGUAUUACUUGACUAUGUUCUUAUUCUGGUUUGCAGCAGGAAGAUACUUGUGGUACAUGAGUCACAAAUGUCAUCCAAGAUGCAAACGGUAAUCAGACUGGCAAUAAUGCUGUUGACGUUUGGGAGAACAUCUUCCCUCGCUUUGCACGACGCAUGCACAAUCUGUUCGUGCACGGGAGGAGCUGUCAACUGCUCUUACCGCAAUCUCCACCAAGUACCCAAUGGCCUGCCACCAAGUGCUGUCAACCUCAACUUGAGCCACAACCUACUUAGCAAUCUCUCAGACAACGUCUUUCACCAUUUGACCAGUCUGUCAGUUCUAGACUUGUCCUACAAUUACUUGAGCAGCUUCACACCCAGUGUCUUUGCGGGCCUCCGCAACCUGCAGUGGCUUAGUGUCACCUGGAAUAAUCUGCCUUUGAGCGAUGAAACUUAUCCUUUUGGGGUGUUUUCUCCCUUUUCUCAGUCGCUUUUAUAUUUGUACCUCAAUGGUAACUCACCCCCUAACCAGUCUCAGUCGCUCAACGUUUCCUAUCCUGACAAGGCUCUUUCAGAACUCCUCAAUCUAACAGAGUUAUUUAUGGAUGGACUCAAUGGAAAGGAAUUCGGUCCUGGAUUCGGACAUUUGCAGAACUUGAAAAAACUAAGUCUUUCAGGUUCACAUGACGGAUUCUGUGACAUAGAGAUCCUUUACAAUGACACAUUUAAACACCAUCCACCAGCUUUAGAAUACUUAAACCUGUCCUACUGCAACAUCCGCUGCAUUGAGGCAGACGCCUUCUCACCUCUACGAACUCUUCAGAUUCUUGAUCUUUCCCACAAUGAAGAUCUUGGAUUUAAAAGGCUUGGACUAGCUGUGUACGGUCUUCAAGGAUCGGCUCUUCACACUCUUCACAUCAACCACAUAAAUUCUCACUAUGCGUUAUGUGUCUCUAUCACUAAAGAAGACACAGUAUACUUUAAGAACACUUGCAUCAUCUCCAUCUACGCCAACUACAACGGUCUUCAAUUUUUCUUCCAAGGCGCCCUGCUGAACAUGCCAGAUUCCCUUGAGUUCGUUUCGCUCGAUGGAAACCAUUUAGGGUUUGGAAAAUAUCUUGAAGACUUAAAUAAACUAAAAAGUUUGAAGCAAAUUCACGCUGAUGGAUAUAACAUUCCCACCUCAGACCAGAAUCUGAUCACAAAGAUGGUAGGACCAAUAACAGGGCUGAACUAUCUACAAUAUUUGGAUCUCAGCGACAACCUCGCUUAUCACAUUUCAGAAACAUUCUGUUAUAACUUUACCUCACUGAAGGUACUGCGACUGAACAGAAAUUAUCUGCGCUAUUCCAUCGGAAAUUCGUCCGCGGACUUGUUCACACCGUUAGUAAAUUUGGAAACUUUGGAAUUAUCCGAUAAUUAUAUUUACAAUCUUUCAACAACGUUUUUGAAUGGCUUAGUAAGCCUGAGAGUGUUGAAUCUGUCCUUCAACGAAAUAUCCUCGUUUGACGUCAACAUUUCUUCCAACCAUAUCAGACUUCUGGAUCUGGCUUACAACAAUAUCCACUCCCUUCCAUCGCACGUUUGUACUCACCUGGACUCAGUAGCACAGACGGCGUCAGAUAAUGUCACUGUGAAUCUUACCUAUAAUCACAUAAUCUGCACUUGUGAAAAUAUCGAGUUUUUGUCUUGGAUGCACACUACUAAGGUAUAUUUCCCAAGAGUCCAAAAAUACUCCUGUCUCAUGUCUGACGGCAGUGUUAAAUCCUCUAUUAAUAUUUUCGAGGUCAUUAACGAUCUACAGAAGGAGUGUAGCAGCUACAUAGGUAUCAUAGUUGGGACUGUGUGCUGCUGUUGUUGUCUUCUCGUGGCCGUCGUGUCGGCCCUGAUGUAUCGUUUCCGCUGGAAGUUGCGCUACUGGUAUUACGCCUCACGCAUGUCGUACACACGCGCACAGUCACAGGAAGCUCGCCAGUUCGACUAUGACGCCUUCGUGUCCUACGCCUCGGAUGACGAAGACUUUGUUCGCGGGCAGCUCGUCCACAACUUAGAAGUGCAGGAAAAUCUUCGACUGAACAUGCACGACAUCACACUCGGACAGCCCAUCCCCUACAACAUUGUGGCAGCAGUUGAAAACAGCCGCCGGACUGUGGUUGUGCUGACCCGACAUCUCCUGCAAUCGGAGCGAUGUGAAUACGAGAUGCGGAUGGCCACCAUGGAGGCCGUACACACGGGGCGCGAUGUGCUGGUGUUUCUUCUGUACGAAGACAUCCCUUUCAAUGAACUUCCCCGCCAGGUGCUGUACAAUCUACAGUCUUCUACCUACAUCCAGUUCCCUCAUCAUGAUCCCACAAUGUUACCUGCAUUUUGGUCCCGGCUGGCGAGUGCCAUUAGAACGUGACAAUAUUUUGAAAUGACACACAAAGAGGAGGAAUGCAACAGUACUUUACGCCAACCCAGAAACUAAGGCUAUAUCACGGCUAGUCAGCCAGCCCUAUAAACAUAUGCUAUAUGCAGAGAAAGAACAGCAUGCCCAAGACGAGAGCUAAGCCCAGGACAGCUAGCCUUCACUUUUCUUUUGACAGGCGCUAACCGUUGCGCCACCGGGUGUAGAGCUACAUGAAGAUGUAAGAGACCGAACACAUUCACUUUUUUUUCAUAUACGGAGUAUUUCGAUCGCAAAGAUUAUAGCUUUUUGUGAAUUCUUUAAGUGGAGAGUAUCUUUAUAUAACACUGCUUCCUCAAGUGUCCUAAGACUACAAAGUGGCUUGAGACUUUUUUUUUACCGACAGUAAAUAUCAGUUUUCGUUUCACCUCCUCACAUUCCGUUACGGUGUGAACACAGUGUCUUAUAUCAAAUCUACUAUUAUAUUGUCUCUGAUUUUCGUAGUUAAUAAUUAAGAUAGCUGUAAUUAUUUUUAUUGUGACUGGCAUCACUGCCAAUUAACCUUACCCUCUAUUUGUUGACACGUCAUGCAAGUCGAUUUCCACAAUAUUUUGAUUCGGUGUAAAAUAUAUCACUGUCAACUUCCUGUUACUGAACAUUGAUUUCUUUCGCAGAGGUAUUUGUCAGACUGAAUCUGUAGGCAACAACCUUGCUUACCAACAGCAAUCUUUAUUUUUCAUCCAUAAUUUUUACUUUUCCCAUUAAUUCUUAGGUAGAUCUAUUUGGUACAAUGAAAUCUAUCAUUUUACGCAAAUGUUUCCACAUUCUAAGAAGCUAUAUAUAUGUAUAGUGCGCUUCGAAUUUUUUUUUAUAAAACGUAUAUAUAUGUAUCGCAAUAUCUGCAUAUUUGUCGUACUAUUGGAAGGCCCAGAAUGUUAGAAAGUAAUGCAAAAUGUUCCGUUAUCUUUCUGCUUACCAUUAUAGCAGCUUUCGUAGCUGUAUUUUCUCUGGUCUUCCUGCAACGUCUGCUCGAGUGAUUGUCACCACGUGAUAUCCAUCCACAAAAUAGUUCUAUUAUUUAUUGACAUUAAUUUCCCAAAGGAUUUUUCUGCGCAGUGGUUACCAUAAGGAAUUCUUAACGUUACUGUAUUACUAAUAAAAUAAUAUAUAUAGUUUCAAAAUAGUUUAAAUGAAUAAUUGUAUGUCGCUUAGUUAUCUCGCGGCGAACUAAUUUUAUCAUAUAACCACGACGCAAGUGGUGCUACUUCCAAACAACGGCAUGACUGAGUUACUGUUAAAUUCGCCAGCGGUUGACAACAUGCAUUUCGAACUGUUUCCCACGGGAUGAUGAUUGUGUUCACAAUUGAGAAAACAUUUCAUGACGAUUAGUGUAACUGAGAAUUCUGUGCUAUCUGUAGAGUCUAGAAACAAUCGCAUCGUGAUUACUAUACGGAGAGCCAGUCGAUUUUCCGAUUCGACCAUCUCUGCUACCCACACCUCUGAACUACUUGGCGUUAGUAAGUAAAGCCAUCCUUCUAUCACCUAUGAAUAAGGUCAACAAUUUAUUUAAAUUUGUUUUAACAGACUUGUGAUCAAACCUGCUUACGUAGAGAGAUUUUUUAAUGGCACAUUUCAUGAUUGUGUAGGCGCACUCCCUCCGGUGCGAAAGUGGCGUUCACUGUUUACAUAAAUUAUGUCAACCAGAAGAGUAGUUGUAGAAAUUCGGUGCUUGAACAAAAGUGAAUAGGGAUGCUUUAACCAUGAAUCUCUAUCCCCUGGGUGGCUCGAUCGCAGACGAUUUUUUUUCAAUUAACUCCUAGAACGAUGCUAUUGACAGAACAGCUUCCGUUUUAGCGAACGACAGUGGCUAUGCCAGCAGUGUACGAGAGUAAUAACAAUAGUCAGGACGUGGUUUAUACUUUAGCGUGGAAGGAUGCCACCGUGCAAGUGUCAAAUGUUUCAGUGUUCUUUUCCCGCUUCCGCGGGCAGUUAAUCGAAAGAGCAAGACGAGCAGCGAUCGAGCGGCUCAUUUAUGCUAGAGGCCGUUGCGACAAAAGUUUAAAUCUAUUGACAGCCAAGAUUUUAGAUGUCAAUUUUUAUGUGCGUUUCAUAUUUAUCAUUCCAUAAGAAAGAUUUCAGUCUAAUGAAGUAAAUAAUUUAGUGUUCUGAACAAGCAAGGGUUAGGUUAAUAGUGCAACAAAACAGUUCACACUUCUGUCAACUGCUCGCGGAGAACUUUGCAAGAGGCUGAGCGUUGGUCUCGGCAUACACUCAGCCAUCCACCUAUGCAACGUCCGUCCCUGAUUCAAUCACAACCAUAAUUAAAGUCGAUUCUAUGCAUUGGCCUCGGUCGAAAGUGCAAGAUGGAGGUCAAUUACAUCAAAAUGUACUUAUUUCGUGGCCGAGGAAUUGGGCUUCCGGUUAAAAUUAGGCCAGUCAGGUAACGCUCAUAGCAAGGACGGGAUAUUAGUUCGUACUCAUAGCGUUGCAUACAGUGGAGUCGUACAUUUACUUCAAAAUUAUUUGCAACAAACCUAUUCACAAGAGCUCAGGUUGAUUAAUUUUAACUUAAUUUUUAUGAUUUUGUUUUGGUUGUGAAGUAGGAAGUGUGCACCUCUGCCUCAGAAUCUUAAACAUGAUUAAAGACAAUGCAGGAGACA